AUGGGAAAGCCUUUAAGUGAUCCUAUUGAUGUAUAUUCAGACUGGGUCGAUGCAUCAGAACAUGUUCGACCAGAGGGAGGUCUUUCUCACGGAGAUUAUGGCGACGACAAUGAACAAAAUGAAAGGGAAGAAGAUGAUGAAGGAACAUAUCAGAGUAGUCAUCGAAAACCAAAAUUUGACGGUAAAGCAACUUACGGUGAACUGAGUAAAUUCCAAGUGACUAAAUCUGGAUCUUUGUUGGAUGUAAAAAAAACUACCUUGAUUAGAGAUUAUCGUAGGAGUGGAAAAGGUGUUGAAAUCUAUGGAAUAUGGUUCUAUGCUGGUCACGAAGCGUUUAAGUGGUACAUGAAAAAUGCUGAAAGUGGUGCUUCAAAUAGAGAGUAG